GGCGGCCAACUCCCCCAGGAGGAGCUGCUGAAAUCCGAUGAAGAUGAGGGUCAUCUCCCAGUCAGACCUGUUCAGCUUGGCUCUCAGUGGAAACCUUAAGCCCUGUGCUGGAUAAAUGGAGAGGAAAACAUUUGACUGAAUAGUUCUGUAGAUCUUGGUCAGAAGAGGGAGGGAUUUUAUUGUGCGAAUGUUGUUGGUUUUCUGGGUGGAUUUCAAGAGUAAAGGAAAAUUAGAAGGAGGGAGGUAGGGAAAGUGAGCGGCGUUUCGGUUAAUUAGAAGUCAGGUCGGUAGACCCGAUGUUGGCUGGAGCUGGUGGUUUGACCGGCCAGAGGUCCUGGCCUGAUUUCCCUACUGUGGGGGGGAGCUGGGGGCGUGCCAGGACAUUCCGCGUGUCACUUUCUGUACAGCCAGCCCACUUCUCUUAUUUUGUAAUUUCCUUUUAGGAAAAAAAGUAAGAGGUCUAGAAGGGAAGCACUAUUGCUCUUGCUCCUUUUUCAUUCAGUCCCUUCAAGGAAGAAGAAGAAGGACAGUGUGUGUGUGUGUGUGUGUGUUUGACUUAUUUUUUUUAUGAGGCAACGUUGAUGAAGUGAAGAGAAAUUCAUUCAUUUUCAUUCUUUGUUUUAAAAUGGACUGUCUGUCCACAAAAAUGCAGGAAGCAGCAGAGUACAACAUGAAAAUGCAUCCCAUGUGGCAGGAACCCCUCGCGGUACCAGGAGGCAAUCGUCAGUCUCCCAUCGACAUCGUUGUGCGAAAGAGCGUCUUCGAUUCGGAGCUGAAGCCUCUGGUCACCAAUUACGACCCAAGGACCUGCCAACAAAUCUGGAACAACGGUUACUCCUUUCUGGUUGAGUAUGAUGACACUACAGACAAGUCCACGCUGAAAGGGGGCCCCCUGCAAGACAAAUACAGGCUGUGCCAAUUCCAUUUCCACUGGGGUGAGAACAAUGCCUGGGGGUCAGAGCACACCGUGGACAAGAGGCUGUUCCCUGCAGAGCUCCACUUGGUCCACUGGAACUCUGACAAGUACAGUUUGUUCGAGGAGGCAGUGAUGGAGGACAACGGACUUGCUGUUAUUGGAGUCUUUCUUAAGGUGGGAAAGAGACACGAGGGGCUGCAGAAACUGGUUGAUGCUCUGCCUGCUAUCAGACACAAGGGCAGUGUAGUGGAGUUUAACAGGUUUGACCCUGCCUGUCUGUUACCCACCAACACUGAUGAGUACUGGACGUACCACGGCUCUCUGACUACACCUCCUCUGACAGAGGCCGUCUCCUGGAUAAUUAUGAAGCAGCACAUAGAAGUCAGCCAUGACCAGCUGGCGGUCUUCCGGAGCCUUCUUUUCACCUCAGCCGAGGAGGACGUACAGAAGAGUAUGGUGAACAACUUCCGUGUGCAGCAGCCUCACUGUGGUCGCACCGUCCGCUCUUCCUUCUCUCCUUUCCUACAGGAGGCGCCGUCAGCAGAAGGCGAUAAGCACACCUACUGAUGCUGCUGGACCCAGUACACACAUCCUCGCACACAGUGACCGUACCAAUCUACAUUUACUCUGUGAUCAACUGUCUGAACUUUUUUUUUUUUUUUUUUUACUCAAUUUGACUCAGAACGUUAAAAUUUUCCUUAGAAGAACUUAUACUUGGAGGAUGUGGGUAUACUUCUGUGUCUGGGUAGAGAUUUUUAUUUUCCUUUAGAUAUUUCAGAUUUUGGUUUGACUGUUGCAGACCAAUAACCAAUAAGGGAUGGUUGCUGUGGGCAAAAUCUGUAGUUUUACUGCUUUUAAUAACAUGAGUCAUAUUUAUUAUACGUUUAACAUUCAUUCAGUUAAGGUACAUGAGUGCUACACUGAGCUUCAUGUAAAAACCCAACAGCACUGUGUGCUGACCACAGUCUGUUUGACAGUCUGACUUUUAUCCAUAUAAGGCAAUCACCUUGGGAGUGUGUCUCUUGAGCAGAAUACAUUAUAUAUCCAAUUUAAUCAAAUGUUUUGUACCACAGUCUCACUUUAAAGUAGCUUGUUGGUUUUAUCAUUAAUAAUAAUGAAUAGAAUAAAUGUUUUCUUAAUCUGUUACAAAGAAAUUAUACUGUAUACAGUACAUCUGACAUUCAGAAAGAUUUGUUUUAUAGUAUGUGACAUUUAAAUACCCAACACAUACAUGAGAGUUUUAAAUGAACUUUAAUGAGCCUUGGUUCUUCUAAGCAGAACUAUUAAAUGUUACUAAUAGGUACAAAAAUGCCAGGUUACUGUAGCACAUGCCUUUAAGAGUAUUCUGAUUGAAAUAAGCAGUUGUCUUCCAUCACUUCUUUUUAGUUGUUUUCAAGUACCAUAACCGCAGUGCCUUAAAUGUUCUCUGUGUGAAUCACUGUUCUGUUGGCAGAGGUUCCCCAACACAUCUUUGAGCAUAAACAGUAUUUCACUUCCACAGCUGUUCCAUUAUGCUAUCGUUCCGGUACAGGGCUUAGUGUUUGCUCACAGUAACAGUCAAGGCUCAGGUGAAUUUUGCUAUAUAAUCCUCAUUUAUGUUUUUAGAAUUAAAGUAAAUGGAUCAACUCCCACAGUAUAUCGCUGUGCUUCAGGAGUAAGUACAGGAACAUAGCAGAGGAGUUGAUGUUUAAGCCUGGAAAUGACUCUCAGAUUGACAGAUUUAUUUAUAUCUGUUGUCUUUGUUGAUUUGUCUGGUUUAGUUAGUUUUGUGUUGUCUCACAUUUGUCUUGACAUUUGUGUGACUGAAGGCUUAGAUUAAACAAAUUGGUUGAUCAGUUUUGGGCUGAGAAAGGGUUUGAAGAGUUACAAAUAUUGUCGAAUGAAUGCAAAAUAUCUGUGCUGGUCUAAACUACUUCUUUAUUUUACAUUUUUAAAAUAAAGUCAAAAGGCACAAAGGAUACUACCAUGAAUAGCUGUGAUAAAUGCAUAAAUUAUUGUAGAGGAGACUUUCUGAGGGAGUUGGAUAGACGGGUGACACAGUAGGACCAACAGCCUCGUGUAUCACCCCACCUGUUUAGUAGUGUCUUAACAGAUAUGUUAAUACGGUAUUGGCUUUUAUUUAAAAAAAAAAAAGCCAGAUUCAGGGCUUUGGACUAGCUUUUGUAACUCAAUGCAGUUUGUCAUUCAGGAUUUCCUUCAGUGGUCUUUCUGGGGGGGAAAAAACAAGGCAUGCAAAGACAGAAAAUGCAGCAAAGCAAAACCAGAAACUUUAUUGCUAUCGUCAAAGCCACCAGACUCCAUUGAUUAAAAACAGUAAUUUUACCUCGCAAAACACACAGGAGUUGCUGGUCUACUGCUGCCUCGGUUGGUUUGUUUGUUUGCAUUAUUGUGUGACUUUGGUGUUUUUAAAGGGUUAAAAAGUCACACAAUAACACAAACUAACCAAUCAAGGCAGACCAAAGAGGCUAUUUUUGUCAAUGCAGUCUGGUGGCUUUUACGAGAGCGAUAUAGCAACAAAAAGGGUCCCGCUCUUUAAACAAAGGUCUGUCUCUGUAGGGAUCCUUUCUAUAAUGUUGUCAGACACUCAUAAUAACAAUCUGAGCCUGUCAGUGGCAAAAACAAGCACUUUAGUGGACGUUCUGUAACGGGGCACAGUUGCCCACAAGGAUUAUGUUGCAGCCCUUCCUCGCUGCUGCCGACUGCAGAACACUCACUCAAUACUGGAACAGUUUCAAAUAAUGCUGUCCCAGUUAGUCUCACAGACACAAACAUGAGGGGAAAAGAGAAUCCAGGUUGAAAAAUACCGAAGUUACCCUUUAAAGUACACUUGAUGUUCAUAAUCCAGAACUUAUCCAAGCUCUACACUAAGGUAUAUGAAGCACUCCUACGUGUUGUUUUUCCCCCACUUAAUCCAACAACGCUGCAGGCACAGUGCAGAUGAGGAUUUUGCAUCACCUAAAGAAGUCUGGCUUUUGCUUUGGCUCAUGUCCAGCAGUUGUGAUGGGGUGGGUGGAUGUAACUAUGCAGUACUGUCAGAAAGAGAGAGGUUAGAGGAAAACACAGGGAAAAGAGAGAAGAGAUGGGAAUGAAAGUUCAGACAACAUGAAAUGAUCUGCCAAGUUUCUCAGACAUGUCUGAUUGCACAUACUUUAAGACAAGAAUCUAUAAUUACACUGCAAACCAGAAGCACAUCAGAGGAAGCGUGUCUGGCCACGUCUAACAUUAUCCGUACAUGAAUGUGUCCAUUGACAUACAGUUGAGUUGAGGCAGGGGUGAGAGGUCACGGUUGUCUAUAUAAUCCCUGAGUAACAAUGCGACUGUCCAAACUGGCCUUUCCUCCCCUCCUGCACCGCCACUCCCAUCAGGCAUACACGCCCUGCUCCAUCUCCCCAGUAGGUCCUCCACUGGCUCACCAGUUGAGGCCAAGCAUGAUAUCACAUAUUGAAUACACUAAUUCAUUAUGAUGCUAUGUGAUGUGCACUGAGUGACGUUAAUUCAUUGUGAUGGCUGCUGAUUCGCUAAAUAAAUUCCGAAGAGGCCGCAGGGGUUAGAUGGCAGUAGUUGUUUUUCAAAGCAGAAAUGAGAUCAGAGUGUACUUGGUGUGGCGUUUGAUGAUGUGCAGCAGAAACACAUUUGGGAAUGUUAUUUUUCUUUACAAAUAAUGCAAUAAGGAAUCUACUUUCAAUGCAUUAUACUAACAUGGAGACAAGGGACCCAGUACUGCCUUCAUCUUAUACAGCUAUGUUUUAUUACCAUGUUUAAGUUAUGCACCAAGAUCUGCCUUCAUGUUUCAUGGCAUUUUACUCAUGUCAAGUUACUUUUUUUUUUUUAAUGCUCUUUUAUGCCUUAUUUUUUAAACAAAGUCUGUGGAAAAUGUUGUCUAAAUGGCCUUUUCUGUCAAAGCUAGAGUUGGUGAUCUGGCAUCAGAAGCCAAUUUAAGAUGACUUUGUUCAGAGAUGGUUAAAAUGUAAGAUGUGGUGUCUUUCGAAGCUUAAAAUCUCCCUUUUCUAGCAUCUUGUCCUCACUUUUCUCCCUGUCUGCCUUUGUAAACAUAGAAGUAUUACAGAAUGCUGUCAUCAUGCUGUGUUUGAGUCUCUUGGUAUAUCUUUCCUUGCCUCCUGUAGCUCAGUGUGAUGUUUUAGCAGGUGUAUGUGAUGUAUGCAGUACAUAUUUUAGCUGUUUUAUUUUUCCAGUGGGCAGCCGACAUUCCUGCCCUGCGGGGCUUCGCUAGGCCCCUCUCCCCUCCCAGUAUGCUGUGCUCCACCUGGAUGACUCCUUAUAGUCCCCCUUCCAGCUGUGAGACCCCUGUAGAAAACCAUGUUGUCACAUGAUUAAGAUGUAAAGAUGAUUUAAAGAAACUGACACAUUAAUAGAUGUAUAACAAUAAAAUCAUGUGUGAUGUAAAAAAUUA